GGGGCGGGUGGGGAAGGAUCGCUGGCGAGAUCCCGAGGCGAGGCUCGCGCGCCCGCCCCCGCCCUGGCCCCUAGCGCCCACCCUGUCGGCCCGGCUCAGCCAUGAUCAAGGCCAUCCUCAUCUUCAACAACCACGGGAAGCCGCGGCUCUCCAAGUUCUACCAGCCCUACAGUGAAGAUACACAACAGCAAAUCAUCAGGGAGACAUUCCAUUUGGUAUCUAAGAGAGAUGAAAAUGUUUGUAAUUUCCUAGAAGGAGGAUUAUUAAUUGGAGGAUCUGACAACAAACUGAUUUACAGACAUUAUGCAACAUUAUAUUUUGUCUUCUGUGUGGAUUCUUCAGAAAGUGAACUUGGUAUUUUAGAUCUAAUCCAAGUAUUUGUGGAAACAUUAGACAAGUGUUUUGAAAAUGUCUGUGAACUGGAUUUAAUUUUCCAUGUAGACAAGGUUCAUAAUAUUCUUGCAGAAAUGGUGAUGGGGGGAAUGGUAUUGGAGACCAACAUGAAUGAGAUUGUUACACAAAUUGAUGCACAAAAUAAACUGGAGAAAUCUGAGGCUGGCUUAGCGGGAGCUCCAGCCCGUGCUGUAUCAGCUGUAAAGAAUAUGAAUCUUCCUGAGAUCCCAAGAAAUAUUAACAUUGGUGACAUCAGUAUAAAAGUGCCAAACCUGCCCUCUUUUAAAUAAAAAAUUUAAAAGGCCACUCCCAGGUAAAAUCCAGGGGGAAAAGUCAUCUAAGUUUACCAUGCAGUUGUUUACCAAAAAUAGAGGAGGAGAGUCUUAACUUUUGCUCUUGGAUUUAAGUCAAGGUACUGUAUAGAAGUGUAAAAUCAGUAUGGAAGUUCAACGUUGUUUUCUUGCUCAGUGAUUUUGAAGAAAUUGAGUAGUUCUAGUGUGAUUUUUUUUCUUUCUUUUCUAAACUGCAUUCCUAUGCCCACCUAAGGCAUGCCUCUGUGUAUUGGCUACUACAGUGUUUUGAAAAGUGUUUGAGACAUUUCUUUAAAUUAUGUACAACCCAAAACGUUGGUGUUUUGUAUGGAUCACAGGUGCAGCAUUCCUUAAUUAUUUCUAUGUCACAAUUGUUAUUUAAAGAACCAAGUAUGUAUUGCAUGAAAACAUUAUGACCUUUUUCUCUUAGUUUAAAUAAACUCCAAGGUAACUGGACUUCUAAAGUACCUUUCUGUUUGCCUGAUAUCUACUUUAGCAAUAAUUUUUUUUACGGCCCUCUGACUCAACAAAAAAUAAAAGUAUAUUUUAUCACUGUUAA